AUGUGCAUCUACAGCGAAGAUGCUGCAGCAGCAGCAGCAGCAGCAGCAGCAGAUGGCUACAGCAGCGACGAAUGCGGCUUUUUGUGGCCCUGGGGGGCCCCCCGAAGCAGAAGGGCCCUCGCCAGAACUGCUGCUGCUCUCGUGGGCUCCUCUUACGACGCGCUGCAGCAGCAGCUGCAGCGCCACCAGCAGCAGCAGCAGCAGCAGCAGCAGCAGCAGCUGUGCCGCUCGCCGCUCCUGCAGCGCCCGCAGCAGCAGCAAGACCGACUCCCGCAGCAGCAGGGACCAGCGGCCCACCCAGGGCCGGCCGACCGCCCCGCCGCUGCUGCUGCAGCUGAAGCAGCAGCAGCAGCACCAGCAGCAGCAGCAGCAGCAGCAGCAGCAGCGAAGGGCUCUGCAGCAGCAGAAGCGCCGCCCGCGACGCAAGCAGCAGCGUCCCAAGCCGCAGCAGCGCUGCCGCAGGCCGCAACAGCAACAGCAGCAGCAGCAGCAGCAGCAGCAGGACAGGCAGCAGCAGCCUUGAGGCAGCUGCCAGUGCACCAGCAAGCACAGAGGCUGCGGCGGCAGCUGCAGCAUCUGCAGCAAAAGGAGCUGCAGCGGUUUUUUGCCCUAUCGCAGCAGCAGCCCCUGCAGAAGCAGCAGCAACUUGCUGCUGCUGCUGUUGCAGCGGCUGCAGCUACUGUUUCGGGCGCAGCCAACUCGGCUCCGGCCGCGCAGCAGCAGCAGCCAGCAGCAACACAGGCUGCUGCUGCUGCUGCUGCUGCUGCUGCUGCUGCUGCUGCUUGGCCCCACUCAAACCAUUUGAAGCCUCAGCAGGGGAGCUUCCCUUCGGGGUUUUUGCUGCAGCAAAUUCUGCAGCUGGAGUCGCAGCAGCGGCGGCAGCAAGAAGCUGUGGAGAGCGGCGCAUGCAUGCCAGCAGCGCAGCAGCAGCAGCAGCAACUGCUGCAGCGCCACAGACAGCAGUUGCUGCAGCAAAAGCUGCUGCUGCAGCAAGCGAGCUGCAACCCGCAGCAGCUUCUCAUGCUCUCUGGACGGGCUCACUUAUUUGCCCAAAUGAAGGCAGCGAUGAGUGCUGCAGCAGCAAAGGCUGCUGUGGCAUCUCUGCAGCAAAACCAGCAGCAGCAGCAGCAGCAGCAGCAGCAGAAGCUCCUGCAGCGGCAUCUGCAGGGACUCCAAGGCCGUCUCCAGCCGACAGCAGUUGCUGCUGCGCUGCAACCUGCAGCAGCAGCAACAUGCGCUCCGAACCCAGCUGUACAGCAGGUAGCAGCAGACCAGCAGCAGCUGCAGCAGCAGCAGCAGCAGCAGCAUGUGGAGCCCGAAGCUGCAGCAGCGGAGGCCCCCGUUGCUGCAACAGCCACCGACGGAACUGAGAAAGAGAGGAUGGGGGAUCUGCAGCAGCAGCAACCGCAGCAGCAGCCGCAGCCGCAGGAGCAGCAGCAAGAGCAGCAGCAGCAGCAGCAGCAGCAGCAGGGUUUGUUGUCUGCUGCCACGCCUUGUGGGCCGCUUUUGCUGCAGGCAGCAGCUGCAAAGCCGGCUGCAGCGGGAGGCUUCAUGUCGGCGCUUGAAGAGGAGCCAAAGGUAGUGUGCCCACCGUCUGCUGCUGCUGCUGCUGCUGCAGCGGCUGCAGCAGCAGCAGCAGCUGCUGCUGCUGCUGCUGGGGAGCAAACAGAAGACAGCGACUUGUGCUCAAAAGCUUCCCAGUGGCGCUGCAUCUCAACAGCAACAACUUCAAGUGCAGCAGAACAUGCUGAGGAUGGCAGGGGCAGCGAGCUGCCGCUGCUGCAGCAGCAGCUGCUGCUGCUGCACAGCAGCGACUCGCAGGAAGUGCAGCAGGAGAAAACUGGAGAGGAGCACGAGCUGCUGCUGGACGGCGUGGAACUUGCUGCUGCGCCGCAAGGCCAGCAGCAGCCGCAGCAGCAGCAGCAGCAGCAGCUGCUGCCGCCGCCGGAACGCGAGCUGCAGGAGCCAGCGGAGCAGCCGGGGCUUCCGGACAUUGCAGCAGCAGCAGCAGCAGCAGCAGCAAACAGCUGCUGCCAAAGCUACAGCCUCACAGACAUGGGAAGAAGAAGAGAGGGCCCCACAGCUGUGCUGCUGCCGCCUCUUGCUGCUCCUUCGGAGGCCUUUUGCCGCAGCGCUGAGCAGCUGCCGCACGCCACGACCUUGGCCUGA